AUGUUUACCGGAGUGACACCGGAGUCGCUCAUUCCUCGCUCAGACUCGCGAAAUCCGGCGACCACGUGCAAAGGCCUUACACAAUCUGGGCGACCAUGCAAACGGCCUAUUGACGCAAAGGAGCCGGAAGGCGACGGUGUUCUCGCCGUGACGUCUGUUGCUGGCGAUGACAGCGGGGAGGAGAUUGGCGCAGCGGCGUAUUUUUGCUGGCAGCACAAAGACCAGGCGGAAACGUUGGCAGCGAAAGAAUCGACAGGACCAGCAACGGAAUUAUACCCGCUGAAAGAGAGGACCAGCAUUGAUACACUGGUGCAACGGCUGGGUGUUCUGGAUGUUGACGAGCCGAAUGAAGCUGCUCCACGCAAGAGGAGGAGCAGUGGCCAUAGAAGGAGAUCUGGGUCUCGACCACCCAGGCGAAUCAACCGGCCGCCGACGUGGGAUGCUGUCCAGGGCCCAUUAAUGUCUGUACCCAGCGAUGUAAUGGCAGACCGAAAACGAAGAGACCGGCCCUCGAAAUCAGCGCCACCAGUGAAAAAGCUCGGCUUCUGGGCAUCGUUAUGCUGUGGAUCUGCAGAUGAGGAGAUUCCAGAACCCACACGACACAAGAAGAAGACAGAGCAACCGCCGCCAGCAGAACCGGCUCAAACAGAAACACCCAUGCAAGAUAUCCCACAGCCAACAUCACAACCACCACAACCACCACGAGUACAAGGCCAGUCUCGAAAAAGCAGUAGCCAACACUCGCGACCCUCUAGCUCUCGCAAACCUCUCUCUGAGAAACCAUCCCGCCCCGUCAAUAAGACGAAUCCCAGCUCUGACUCCGAAACCGCCGCACUCCUGCGCUACAUCCCCACAUCCCUCCCCCCGAAACUCGCCUCAACCCUACUAGCCGAACUCUCCAAGCCCAUCUCCUCGCACGACGAGGAUGGCUUCAUCUACAUCUUCUGGCUGACCCCCGAGGCCGCAGGCCCGGCACCCGCAUCCGCCGCCAGUAAUUUGCUGGCGCCACGCGCAGAAGGGGGGUCCCGGAGACGGACGUCAGAUGUGAUGCGGCAGUAUUCUGUCAAGGAGAAAAAGGGCGAGAAGGGCGGGGAGAAGGGAGAGAAGGGAAGCAAAGGCACAAUCUUGCUCAAGAUAGGCAGGGCGAAUAAUGUGCAUCGGCGGAUGAAUGAGUGGACCAGACAAUGCGGCUAUAGUCUUUCGCUUGUGCGGUACUAUCCGCAUGUUUCGUCUGCGACGCCAUCGCCUGCGGGGUCGAGGCAGCCGUCGCAUCAGGGGCGGGAGUCAUCGGGCGGUAGUGGUGCUGAUAGUAAAUUGCAAGUUGGGGGUGACGGGGCGGCGGCAGCAGGAGUGCGCAAGGUACCGUAUGCGCAUCGGGUGGAGCGCAUGAUUCAUCUAGAAUUGGGGGAGCAACGGGUGAUUAAGCAGUGUGAGGCUUGCGGCAAGAGCCACAAGGAGUGGUUUGAGGUCGAGGCGACGAGGGAUGGGAUUAAGAAGGUGGAUGAGGUUGUGAAGAGGUGGGUUGAGUGGGCGGAGAAGAGAAAUGAAUGA